AUGUUACUUUCAACAAAUUUUUUCUUGAAUUUGGUUUUUAUACUGCAAUUAUACGAAUACAACUGUCAAUUAAAAAUUUUCACACCUGAUGAUGAGACAUAUGCUAUGCCAUUGUCAAAUUACGGAAUUGACAUCACCAAUGUAACAGACUUAAAAUUUUCUGUUAAGGCAUGUGCCAAUUUACACGUGAUAAUUCAGAAAACACCAACGGUUGAUUUGAACACAAAUGGAAAUUAUGUCUUCGUGUUAGGGUCAUAUAAUGGUGCGAAUGUUGAAAUUAAGCAAGCUGUGCACUGUGAUAGUCUUACAUGGCAAUCAAAUUCAGUUUUAAAUUGUAGUGCAUAUGAAUCUUUUUGGAUCAGCUGGAAAGACGGUGAUUUAAAAAUAGGAAAAGGAACGGUUUUAUUCGCUGAUGAAAUAAUUGCAUCUUCUGUUCUGCCUCUUGUUGAUUAUAAAUAUGCCUUUCUUCUGACCGGUUGGGGCAGUCAAGGAUGCUGGAAUGUGGAUAUUGGAACCAGAAUUAUCAGUUAUCGCACCAAGGUAGUAAACAAUAACAAAAUGAUACAAGGAAGCGGAAUUCAGACUUACACGGUGAACUCUAAACUGGAAUGUCUUACAAGAAAUAUUCAAACGGAACCAGACCCUUCUUUCAAUACUUCUACUAUUUUACUCUCGAAACCGAAAUCUAUAUUUUACACGUAUGAUGUUUGUUUAAAUAUCUAUGUUCAGAUUAUCGUUUUCUCACUAUUUUAUUUCAGAUGUAAAAAGAAAUAUAAGAAUAAAAUAAAGACCCAAGUUGAAAAUAACAAAUUACAACAACUCGGAUUAACAGAAAAUUUACAAACUCUAUUUCAACCAAUAUUAAAAACUCAAGAGGAUAUUAAAAAGAAAUUAGCUAACGUUAAUCCUUCUCGUAUAGAAGCUAAAGUUAAUCCUUAUCAUAUAGAAUAUCCACCUAUUGAUUAUAGUGAAAUUAUAAUAAGGACAUUAGAUGAUAUAAAACAUCAUUUUUCAAAUCCAGAUCCAAACUUACCUAAAACAAUUAAAUCAACAAUUGAUGAGGAUGGAUAA